AUGGAAUCAUUUCAAGUAACUGCACCAUUUUUAAGAACCAUUAAUCGAUUACAAAGAUAUAUUAGGGGAUCCCAUGUAGCUACUCUUCUUGUUACGGAUGCUAAAAUAGAAUUUUUCAAUGCUCAAGGGGAUCGAGUUGAGGUUAACUUUGCUCCUGAACUUGCUGAAGGUUCUUCUGAAGGAUCUCGGAUACCUCUCUUCCAUGAAGAUCUCCAACGGAUAGGAUACCUAGCUAUAGAACUUGAAAAAGUUGACGGAGAGGAUUGGGGGCAGCAGAUGGAUUACCUAUCUAUGUAUAAUUGGAAUGCUUAUGCUAAGCAUGAAAUGAUGGAUCGAUUUGAGGUCAAUAAAUUUAAAGGUGCUUGGAGAAUCACUCUUGGGUUUUCUCCUUCCAAUGCCUUGUUGGUCAUGACUAAGGAAAGUUUUACUUCUUUAUUGGAAGAGGCUCAAAGGAAUCGUGAAGAAGAG